GGGAAUCUGUGGCGCAGGCGUGGAGGUUAUGUAGAAUGCGUUUGUUGUCGAACCUGUGGCACAGUCGCCCCUUUAGCACCAUGGGACUGCCGUUGAAGAGCGUGCUGGACAAGCUGCAGAAAAUCGCCCCCCUGAGGCUGGCGGAGCCCUGGGACAAUGUGGGGCUGCUGGUGCAGCCCGAGCGGCAAGCCCAGGUCAGCACAGUGCUGCUCACCAUCGACCUGACGGAGGACGUGGUGGCGGAGGCCCAACAUGUGGGCGCGCAGCUCAUCGUCUCCUAUCACCCCAACAUCUUCAAGCCGCUGAAGUCGCUGACCCAAAGCUCGUGGAAGGAGCGAGUGGUGGUGGAGUGCAUUCGGAGCAACAUCGCGGUCUACAGCCCCCAUACCAGCUGGGACGCGAUCAGGGGCGGAGUGAACGACUGGCUGGGCGCAGCCCUGCCGCACAGCGCCAGCCGCCCCAUUCUCCCGUCCGCCGAGCGCCCAGAUGCGGGCGCCGGCAGGCUCUUGACGCUCGGCGAAGCCCUGAGCUUGAGGCAAGUGCUGGCGCUAGUCAAGACCCAUAUCGGGCUGGGGUACUUGCGCCUGGGGCUGGGACGAGGAGGCAGUUUGGAGUCCCAGGUGGGCACGGUGGCGCUUUGCGCGGGGUCCGGCGCCACUGUGCUGGCCAACGUGGAGGCUGAUCUGUACCUGACGGGCGAGAUGAGCCACCAUGACGUGCUGGAGGCCACCCAAAGGGGCGUCCAUGUGGUGCUGUGCAACCACAGCGACUCCGAGCGGGGCUUCCUGAAGGUGGUGCAGCCGGAGAUCGCGGCCGCGGGGCUCCAAGUGAAAGUGUCCGAAGUGGACAGGGACUGUCUGACUACGAUCUAAUAAAGGCGGCGCUCAGAACCGG